UUACGUAAUAUUAUAUUAUUUCCAACAUGUGUGUUGGGUACAUGUAUAGGUGUAAUUAUAUUGUAAUAUACGCACACAUGAACAUUAUAUGCACACAUUCAUACGUGAAUACAUGUCAUGUUAUAUAAAAAACGAUUUUGAGGAAUCUCAAGAUACAAACCACUAUUAUUGUUAUAAUCCCCCUCCCACUUUCUUCCUCUCCUUUUUAUAUUCUCUCCUCUUCCCUUUUUUAGCCCAAACUCCCUCACAUUUCACAGACCCAAAAACACAAACACAAACACAAGCCUCUCUCUCUCUCUCUCCCCCCUCAAAAACACUUUUUUCACAAAACAAGACAAUGGGGUUUCCUAAGCUUCAAAUUUUCAUGAUCUUAGGCCUCUUGGCAGCCUCAUGCACGGCUCAAGCACCAACCCCAUCACCAACAGCCUCGCCGCCGACCGCGACACCACCAACCGCCACUCCUCCGACGGCCACUCCACCCACGGCGACUCCACCGGCGGCGUCACCUACACCUGCUCCAACCGCCUCUCCACCAGCUCCUACCCCAGCUCCAACCUCCACUCCUCCCGCCCCAACUCCGGCUCCCACCUCAACUCCUCCGACUCCGGCUCCAGCCUCCGGGGCUCCUACUCCCACGGCUACCGCUCCCACCCCAGAGGGUCCUACCCCACCGGCUCCCACUCCCCUGAGCCCCAGCUCUCCAUCUGAGCCGCCGGCGCCUUCCCAGAGCCCAAGUGACAACUUCGCUCCCGGCUUGGCCAGCCGGGGCGUCAUCUCCGGACGCUGCCGGGCCGGCAUCGCCGGGACCGCUCUCGCCGGAGUUUUCGUCGCCGUGGCUCUUGCUUAG